AUGCCUCGCGGAAACGACAACGUCACAAAGGUCAUUUACCACGGUAAAGCAGACGACUUUGUCAUUUUCGUUGACGACGUCUCCGCCGCCCAGCAAUGGCGCCAUGAUCGUACCGUCCCUUUGGCACAGGUAGUUUCUGGCUGGAAGGUGUUUGUUACACACAAGCAAGGUGCACAAGGUAUCCUCGACGGCGCAAGUAAAGCUAUGCUCGAGAAUGAAUUCGGUACUGCCCGGGACGAGAACGUUGUGCAGCAGAUUUUGGAGAAGGGUGAGAUACAGGAAGCUACCAACCGCGAACGUCAAGGUGAUCGCAACGUCUUGAAUGGUGGUGGAUUCGUCAACACUUUCCAAGUUUAG